CACCCUGAAGCCCCCAGAUCUCCUCAACGACACACAGACAGAAGGAAAGACGGAUGAGCGGACGGAGUAAAGAACUGGAAGCCUGAGCUGAGCAGCAUCAGUGGAUUUAAAAUGACGUGGCGAGAGGACCUGCGUAGUAGAAAGUUCUGGUGUGCGAUUCUAGCCGAGCUGCUAGGCACCCUGGUGUUGGUGAGUGCCGUGCUGGGUGCCUCCGUUCCGGGCCCUGAAGAAGCCGCCGUGGGACCCAUGUAUCCUGCAGUGGCAGUGGGUGUGGCCAUAAUUGCACUGAGUCACUGUUUUGGAGAAAUAAGCGGAGCACAAGUGAACCCUAGUCUGACUCUGUCUCUCUUGGCCACUCGGAGGCUGGAUGUUCUGCGGGCCCUGGUUUACAUUGCUGCCCAGUGUUUUGGGGCCUGUUUAGCCGCCUGGUUUCUGUACCUGGCCUUACCCUUCAAAACAACAGCGGAGCACUUCGUUAACAGGGUGCCCAUUGAGUUAAAUGCAGCUCAGGCUUUGGGCAUAGAGGUUUUGUGCACCUUUCAGAUGGUCUUCACUGUCUAUUCAGUGGAGGAUCAGAGACGGAGAGACAGCCCAGAACCAGGAAACUUGGCCAUUGGAGUGGCACACUCUGCUGGAGUACUUAUAGGGGCUCGGUUUUCUGGUGCCAGCAUGAACCCGGCGCGCUCCUUGGGUCCAGCCAUCGUCACAGGUUUCUGGGAGAACCACUGGAUUUAUUGGAUUGGACCAGUGAUGGGUGCCUUGCUGGCUGGAGUGUCCCAUGAGUUCCUCUUUGCACGCAGCGCCUCUCGUCAGAAGCUAGUGGCCUGUUUGACCUGCAAAGAUAUUGAGAUUGUUGAGACGACCAGCAUGACCGGGUCAUCGCUGUCCACAGUCACGCAGAACGCCGCCAGGAGCAAACAGGCCAACAAACCGGAGAACAACUGAUGGUGGAAAAGGAUCCGGAGCUUCCUGCAGCUCAACUGUAAUUCACUCAGACUUCACACUGCUGGGGAACAAUGAAAAGAAUGGAGAGAGGUUGCUGGUUUAACUUCCCACAUACAGUUAACAUAUACAGUCGCCAUAAACGAAUGGUUACAUUUGAAUCAAGCAGGUUAAAGGAUGAAUGUGCUUGAGCUUUCACCUUUGUUAAAACAAGUGAUAUUUGAAAGUGAAACCUGUGAUUAUUCUCUAAAAAGCUCAAACCAUUUAGUUUUAGGACUAUACAGCUUUAAUUCUAUGUAUCUUCACACUUCCAAACAUUUUUGUGAAGUAAACAAUACUUAGUUUUGUUGUAA